GGAGCCAACAUUGAAUGGCUGUAAAACACUGUCAUACAGAAUUUGGGGUCUCUGCUCAGCCGUUGGAUGCUUCACUCUCUCAUGGAUAAAAACCUCGUUUUCACAGUCACCUUCAUUCAAAUCGAGUUCUUGACUCGUACGCAAAAACAAACACAAACUGCUUUUUGGGUUUUUGAUAUUGAGUUGGAUUGAUUCUUUCCAUUGGGAAGAAGUUGACCUUUCUGCAAAUGCGUCUUUUUUGAGUUGUUAGCUUUCUCUCAGUUUUGGGUUUCUUUGAGUUUUGAUCCUUCUGGGAAUUCUGUGUUUUGUUGAAUAUGAGGAAUUUGAGAGAGUUGUGGGUGGAGAAGACAUUGGUGGGUCUUGGGUUGGGCCAGCUUCUCUCGCUUUUGAUCACUUCCACUGGUUUUUCAUCCUCAGAGUUGGCUAAAAAAGGAAUUAAUGCCCCUACUUCGCAGUCUUUCCUGAACUAUGUCCUCUUAGCAAUUGUCUAUGGAAGUAUCAUGCUUUACCGGAGGAAACCACUUAAGGCUAAAUGGUAUUACUAUGUUCUUCUUGGGUUGGUAGAUGUGGAGGCCAAUUUUCUAGUGGUGAAGGCUUAUCAAUACACAUCUAUAACGAGUGUAAUGUUGCUGGAUUGUUGGACCAUCCCAUCGGUCAUGCUUCUUACUUGGGUUUUCCUCAAAACAAAAUACAGAUUUAAAAAGAUAACUGGUGUGGUGGCCUGUGUUGCUGGCCUUGUCAUGGUUGUUUUCUCAGAUGUUCAUGCAGGCGAUCGAGCAGGAGGGAGCAAUCCCCGUAAAGGUGAUAUACUAGUAAUUGCCGGUUCUACCCUGUAUGCUGUCACUAAUGUCAGUGAGGAGUUUCUAGUGAAGAAUGCUGACAGAGUUGAACUCAUGUCCUUGCUGGGCUUUUUUGGUGCCAUUGUCAGUGCUAUCCAAAUAAGCAUUUUAGAACGUAAUGAGCUCAAAUCCAUCAAGUGGUCAUCUGGAGCAGUAUUUCCUUUUGUUGGAUUUUCAUUGGCUAUGUUCCUCUUUUACUCAUUAGUCCCAAUCUUACUUAAGAUUAAUGGGUCUACGAUGUUAAACCUGUCAUUGCUGACCUCAGACAUGUGGGCCGUCUUAAUUCGCAUUUUUGCUUACCAUGAGAAGGUUGAUUGGAUGUACUUUGUGGCCUUUGCAAUCGUUGUUGUUGGGCUUGUUAUUUAUUCAUGGGGUGACAAGGAAGAGGAUCAACGCUGGGCUGAUGUUGCAGAUGAAGAUGCAGAGAGAAGCAAACGUUUUGACGAGGAAGUUGGUUCAGUAAGUCGCGACCGAGGAACAAUGGCUGGGACCUCAAAAACAGGGGAUAACAGCAAGGAUGAAGCUCCUACUUGCUCUACAGAAAGAGAAAUUGUUGACCACAAGAGCAUAGGAAAAGAUGGACAAGGGAAGAAAUCAUGAUUUGCGAUCUUCCCUCUUCUUGAAAAUUCGAGGCCCAUGUCUACACUACUAUGAAGACAGAAGAUGAUAAAGAUCAUUUACAGAUGAUAAAAAUUCAUAGCAUUGUUAUUUGAACAGUAAUAUGAAUAAAUGGCUGUUUGAGCCUUUGAGGCAUGGAAAAGGAAAACUGUAAAUUCAUAAUUUCCUUUUGCCUCAAAUUUUGUUCUUUAUAGCCUUUGGGGUUGGGGAUAUAGUAUGGUAUUGAUUCAUAAUUUGUUUAGAGCCUGUGAUA